AUGGCUUCUCGUUUGAAAAGGAAAAAUUGGUAUUCAAAUUUAUCUCCACAAAAGAAAGAUGAUAUAAAAAAGAGACGACGGGAGAUUUACAUUAAAAAGAACAAGGUUGUGAUGCCUAUGGAUGGAGACAUUUCCACCAACUCUACCAACACUUUUGAAAUCGGAUCUUCUUCCAAGGCCUCGAUGAUCAACUCUAUUGAAUGUGGAAGACAACCACAGGUUUCGCUCAAGAAGAAAUCUGCCACAUCUGCAUUAACAAAUACUCCUUUUAGGCAACAUUUUUUACCAAUGGAAUCACCUUGCAUACACUGUCAUGCAAAAAGAUUUCACACUGAAACUAAAGGAUUUUGCUGCUCUAAUGGAGAUAUAUCAUUAGUGUCAAACCUUGUUCCACGCCAACUUCAUGCUCUUUUCACAUCUGAUUCUGAUGAGUCAACAGAAUUUCGAAAAUAUAUUCGAACAUAUAAUAACACUUUUGCAUUUACAUCCUUCGGUGUUAAAUAUGAUAAAGAGUUAUGCGAGAUAAAUAAAGGAAUAUAUACAUUUCGAAUUCAAGGACAAGUGUAUCAUUUCAUAAAUGAAUUGUUGCCAUCAGAUAAUCACCCUUCUUAUUUACAACUUUAUUUUUACGACACAGAGCAUGAACUCCAACAUCGAAUGUGUAAUUCAUCAAAAAUGAAAUCGCACAUAUUGACAAAAUUAAUCGAGAUAUUAUCAUCCAACCCUUACUGUCGCUUCUUCAGAAAUCUAAGAGAAUUGUCUGAUUUAGAUAACUGUAAAAUCCUCAUUCGAUCAAACACUCACAUAGAUCAACGAGUUUACAAUGCUCCUUCAAUUUCGCAAGUUGCGGCAAUGUGGACUGAUGACCAUUCCUCUGGUGACCAUAAAAAUCGGGAUAUUAUUGUUCAAAGCCAUUCAGGAUAUUCACACAAUGUUGAAUAUUAUUUCAACUGUUAUGACCCUUUGCAAUACCCUUUAUUAUUUCCCCAUGGAGAAAGUGGUUGGCAUUGUGGAAUUAAACGAGCUUGCAAAAAUACUUACACACCAUAUGCCACGAGCACUAAAUUAUUUGAUUUAGACCAUAUAGAGCUUCCUACAGAACUUCUCCAAAAAGAAGCACAAGUAUGUACAAAUAAGACAACGCGCACUAACGUUUCCUGUCGAGAAUAUUAUUGCUACAAGUUACAAAUUAGGCCAUCGGAGGAGGCAAUUUUAUUGCAAGCAGGAAGGUUGCUACAACAAUAUGUUGUUGACAUGUAUGUUAAGCUGGAGACAUCUAGACUAGAUUAUUUCCGUCAUAAGCAACAAGAGAUUCGAGCUGAAUUAUAUCAAGGAAUCAUUGACAAUAUUGAGGAUGGUGAAAAUCGCGGAUGUAAAGUUGGUCGUCGGAUUAUUCUACCUUCAUCGUUUAUUGGAGGACCUAGAGACAUGAGAAAAAGAUAUAUGGAUGCAAUGGCAUUAGUUCAACGAUUUGGAAAACCGGAUAUAUUCCUCACAAUGACAUGUAAUCCUAAUUGGUAUGAAAUCAAGCAAGAAUUAGGCCCUAAUGAUGAGGUUCAACCUAAUGAUGAGGUUCAAAAUCGACCAGACUUAGUUGUACGUAUAUUUAGGGCGAAGUUAGAGGAGUUAAAAAAGGAUUUAUUUAUUAGACAAAUUUUUGGAGGAGUAGCAGCAUACGUCUAUGUCAUUGAAUUCCAGAAAAGAGACCUUCCGCAUGCACAUUUGUUGAUCAUUUUAAAACCCAACUCAAAAAUUUAUGGACCUGAAAACUUCGACAAAAUUGUGUCAGCAGAAAUACCACAUGAAACCCAUAACUCUCAUUUAUAUACAAUGGUAGUCAAACAUAUGAUACAUGGUCCUUGUGGUUUUUUAAACCCAAAGAAUGCUUGCAUGACGAAAGAAGGAAACUGUAGAAACCGCUAUCCUAAAUCUUUUUGCUCCGUCACAACACAAGCACAAAAUGCAUAUCCUAGAUAUAAACGAUGCGAUGAUGGCAAACACAUUCAAGUAAGAGGCGCUACUUUAGACAAUCGUUGGGUUGUUCCAUACAAUCCAUUUUUACUUGCAAAAUUUGACUGCCAUAUGAAUGUAGAAAUAUGUUCUACUAUAAAAGCUGUGAAAUACUUGUAUAAGUAUAUUUAUAAGGGACACGAUCGUGUGGCUUUCAAUAUUACAUCUUCAAAUGAUGAGAAUAUGAUUAAUGAAAUUGAUAAUUUCCAAUCAGCAAGAUGGAUUUCGGCUCCAGAAGCUAUGUGGAGAAUAUAUGGUUUCACAUUAAAUGAAAUUUACCCAGCUGUUUACUCACUUCAAUUACAUCUCGAAGAUAAACAACUCGUUACAUUUAACACAUCAACAAAACUUUCACAUAUAGUACAAUCUGAUGUGUUCUCACGAUCUAUGCUAACUGAAUUCUUCAGAAUGAACAGCUACAACAAAGCCGCACGAACACUUUUGUAUAAAGAGUUCCCUGAAAAUUUUGUUUGGAAUCAACAACAAAAAAUUUGGACACCACGAAAGAAAGGAGUUGUCAUUGGAAGAGUAGUGUCUGCAUAUCCAACUGAAGGUGAACGAUAUUAUUUAAGAUUAUUGUUAAAUCAUGUAAGAGGAGCAAGUUCUUUUGAUGAUCUCAAAACUUUCAACAACAUUCGAGUUACAACAUUUCGCGAGUCAGCUAUGUUACAUGGCUUAUUGGAGUCGGAUAAUGCUAUAGAACAAUGCUUAGAAGAAGCCAGUCUUUACCAAAUGCCUUGUACUCUAUGA